AUGACGGAGAGUCCGGACAGCAGCGUCCUGCAGCGGAUACACAGCGGCGGCGGGACGGUGGUGAAGGUGGAGUCAGGUGUGACAGGUGUGACAGGUGUGGCAGGCCUGCUGCCGUCACAGACCUCUGAGCUUCACUUUCUGCACUCGCGGGUCCGAGAGCUGGAGAGAGAGAAGGCGGAGCUGUCGGCCGAGAACCAGAGACUGAAGAGCAUGUUGGUCCACGAAAUCCCUGGGCUCCUGUCCACCAUGUGGCAGACGUUGGGCCAGGUCAACAGUCCUCACUCCGUCUCCACGGCAACAGGCAGGAGUGACAGCUAUGCCCCAUACUCGCAUCACCACUACACAGCGACCAAUCAGGACGGAGACUUCAGCCCCCUGGUUCAGGUCCCUCCGCUGGGACCAGACGAUCUCAGCAUGUCGGAGUUCUGCGGCCCGCUGGGCUCCGAGGACGAGGGGGGGCCAGGAGGACCGGACCACAUGGGGGAGGAGGCUCCGCUCUGCAGCCAGACUGACAUGGAGGAGCUGAGGAGGAGCUGCUCUGAGAGCCAGUGCACCGCCGGGGAUGCCAACGACCAUGUGAGAACAUGUCUGAUCCGGUUUACACUGGACCUGAUUCAGUAUGCACUGGACCUGAUCUAG